AUGAUGAGCCGUCGCCGCGUCUCCGGGGCCAAGGUCUCGAAGCCCGUCAUGCUGUACAAUACUGUUGACCCCUUGGGUCCCGAGUUCGUUCCCCGCCACGCGCCUAAGGUGCCCUCGAUCCAGUCGUCCGUCAGCAGUGUGCCGAGCACGCCUGACCCGCCUUCCCUCGCCUCGUUUGAGGCGCCGUUACCGCUAGACGAGUGCGAGGAGCUGCUGGACGACUACGAUCCAAUCUACGAGAAGCGCCGUGAGGAGGCGUACCUCGCCUCCCUGUCGUCCUUGCAAGGAAUCCGGCACCGCUUCGCCGACAGACUCGCUCUCCCGCCGCCUCAGCACGAUCUCGACGGCGAGCAAACACAGCAAGCGCCGCACGCUCCGUCUGUCCAAGAGUGUGCCAACCUUAGCUGCUCCGCCAGUCAUCAGCCAUCCCAUGCCCCUCGGUGCGGCCAGACGCAUUCGCAAGGUCCCCUCGCUGCAGCAGGUCGAGAGGAAGGGAAGGCUCUCGGCCCUGCCGCGCAUGUUCGCGUGGAGACACUAGACUCCGCCGACUCCGCCCCUCGUGCCUUCGCCGCUCGAUCGCGCUCGACCCAUGCUGUCAAACUCGCUCGCAGCACGUACCACAUGCUCACUCGACCUCAUGCCCCUCAUGCACCGCCAGAGCCGCCCACGCGCUCACACUCGGUCCAGAUUACGCUCAGGCCGGCGCGCAUCACGCCGCCUGCCCACGCCCACGCCCUCUUCAAGUCAAGCUCAGACUCACGCAAUAGACUCGGACCCGGCGCACACCUCGCUGCCUCGUCCACAAGCUUACAAGCUCAAGUUGUACAAUCCCUCGCUCACUCACACUCUCGCACUCUCACUCUUUUGAUUUCGUUUUGGUGUCUUCCCUAG